AUGCGGCACGUGUUUUACAUUUCCUCAUCGUACGCGGCAUUGAUCUAUGCCCUGAUCACGGGGUACACGCUGCUUGCCUGCCUCUACAUGGCCGGCGUCCUCCACUGGAGCGAUAUUAUGGUGACGUCGUGCGGGGAGGACCACUACGAGUUCUGGCCUAGCAUCAGCGCCACGGUCGGUGACAGGAUGCCGGAGAGGCAGACGUGGCAGAUUGCCUUCGCCUUGUGCACCCCGUUCCGCUUGGGCGCGAGCGUCUCUUUAUUCAACGUCUUUUGGCAAAGAGCUUCACGUGGCAUGGCGGACCUCUACGACCUUCGCAGCUCGUGGAAGGCCUUCCUCAGCAGCAAUGCCUUCUUGGCGCUCCUAGCUCUUUGGGCAGAUAUCUGGCGACUCAUCGGGGCCUCUGUGUACUCUGUAGUGACCUCGAAGGAGUUGCUCACUUACCACAACCUCGGCUUCUGCCCCCACCUCCCCUUGAGCCUUGUGCUGCAGGUGGCCGUGACGAUGCUUGUGCGGCGCAAUCAGUUCAACAUGGCCAUCUACCCCACCCAGCGAGACGCCACCGCCUCGUACGCGGUCAAGCGCAUCUGCCUGUGCGGCGAGGCCAUUGGUACCGUUGGCAUCGUCUGCUGCUAUAGCUACUACCUCCGCACGUGUGCGAACGGCUCACUCAGCUUGUCGAGCAUCUGCGAGUGGGUUUUCUUCAUCUUAAGCAUUAUCUUUGACGGCUCGGCUUGGUUUGACUUGAAGCAGGAGGGGUGGUGGCUGAGCGGGCCACCGAGCUUCUACCGGAAGCUUUAUGCUCGUCGCACCCACCGCGCUAGCAGAGCGACGUCGCCGCCGCAGGUCAAAGGCGCGAAGGACGGCGCCAAGGACGGACACGCUGGCGGCGACGGCGACGUCGUCGUUAAGGUGCCGGUGUCCAACAGGGAUGGCGACGCUACGCCAGAGUGCAGCAGCGCUGCUGCUGCCGAGAAUGCGGUGCCGCUCACCUCCCCACCGUGUACCACCACAGGCGAGUUCUUCCUCGAUCGCGCUAUCAUUCUGCACCGCUUCAGCCUCUGCAGCGCGCCGUCGAGGCUGUCGUUGUGGAUCUGCGAUGUGUACUGGGCACACAUGUUUUUCGAAAUGGCGGUGCACCUCCUCCAGCACAUGUACUUUAUGCCACUCAUCGCCAUGUCGCUCUCGUGGGAGGUGACCGUGGUGCUGGUGCUUGGCGCUCCAUGCCUGUUGCGCAUCGGCGCCUUCCGUCGAUGGGCAACAGGGCCGUGCAUCUGCGCGCGGACCUGGCUGAGGCCAUCGCAUGUGCCGAUCGGCCUCAGUUACCGCACGGCGCCCAUGUACAUUCUCUUCUACGCGCUGGCGUCGAUCGCCCACUUCCACCAGGUCAUCCGCUGGAAUCCCGGCAAGAGGAUUCUGGUGAUCGCGGUGGGUCCGCUGUUCCUCUCGCUGGCGCUCUACACACGCUUUCUGUACCCCUCCACGGUGACGCUCAAGGGCGCAUUGACGGCGGGCAAUGAGGACAGUCGCCGCAUGACAAUGACGCUGCCGCUCGGGUUGGUUCUCUGCAUGCUUCUCCGUGUGCAGCAUGUGGGCGUGUCGCCCUUCUUCACUAACCCCUUCUACGGCAGCAUCUACGGCAUCUUGCUGGGCCUGAUUUUCACCACCAUCAUCUACCGCCAUGCCAUGAUGGGCAACACACUGAAGGGGGAGGUACAGCAGGAGUGCAGCGCGCCGUCAGCCACGCAGAUGAGCGCCACGGCGCCGCUGAUGCGCGAUUCGCAUCGUGACGGCGAUGCUGAGGAAAUCCAGGACUUGUCGGUGGGCACCGCGAGCGGCGGCCGUGACGCUUCGCACGCCGACUGCAUUGACAAGAAGGUCGCUGACGGUGCCGACAUCCGCGGUGUCCACUUUAGUCUGAGCCAGAUCGACGGGGGGAACGAGAACACUGUGUCGGCCAUCGCCACGCUUUACACGCCGCCGUCCCCGGCGCUGCUCGGUGUUUUGUGUGGGUGCAUCACUAGCAUCGGCGUCACGUUCUUCAACUGCCCCAACUACAUUCCACGCAUGCUCGCGGUGGAGCCGUUCCCAGCAAAUCUCGUCAUCGCAGGCGUCUUCACGGCCGGGUUGUACUACUCUACGGACGUCCUUCCUCUCGCGCUCGUGCUGCUGCGCCCCAAGGGCCACCCGGACGUCGUGCGACGCGUUCUCUACGCCGUCUUCGGCGGUUCCUGGGCCCGCUUCGGUGUGCUCUUGGCCCUCAGCACCGCGCUGAUGCUGUUUGCCACGCGGCAGACAAACUUCACGUACGAGGUGCCGCACGACGGGUACCCAGUGAGGAUGGACACGCCAAGGGCGCAGGCGGAUGUGAAGUACUGGGAGGCGCAAGAGACAUUUUGGGGUAGCAAGCAUCUGGCCUUCGUGGGCGGCCUCGGCUUCACCUUCUGCAUUGGUGUGCUCUUCCCCUUCGCGAUGGAGGUGACGUGGACGCACCAGCGCGACCGCCGCUUUGCACAGAUCGCGGAGGUGACGAGCACAGAGGCCGUUAUUCGCCACGAGUGCCCCUUCUUCCUGUCCUUCGAGUUCACAUGGUUUCUGUGCGUGAUCAUCUUCUGCAUCCUCUACGCGCUCUGCAUCUCUUACCCGUUUGUGCCGAUGGCGUGGCUGGUGCGUGAAAAGUCGCGCCCUCUCAUCCUGGCGCAUGUCGGCACGCUGUACCUCACCGCCUGGACUGUGGCGCGUCGCAUCCGCAGCUCUCGCGCGGUUGCGGCUGCCAUCACGGACGUCGCCGCGGCGCGGAAGCAGCGCUCCAUCCAGAUGAUGGUCGUCAUUGUCAUCGUCUUCUCUUUUGUGUGGGUGCUUAUCGAGCGGGUUACCAUGGGCUGCGCCGAUGCCACAUUCCCAGCGAACAAGCAGACGGCUAUCCGGUUCCAAGAGGAGGUCCUGCACCUGCACAAGAUGCUCAUUGAGCUGCGCAAGGCGCGCAACAUCAUCACGGACCCCUACAUGAAGAAGUUCGAAACGGUCUACUACCGGGAGCACUUCGAGGAUGCAGUGGCGAGCAUGGACAAGAACAUUACGGGGUCGAAGGACGGCGUUCUGGUGGACCCCAGGUUUAAUCUGACGCAUCUCAGCCGCGAGGACCGCAUUGACGUUUGGGAGGCCGCCAAGGCAAUGACUUUCUUCUCCGGAGCGAUCUGGACGGUCCACUUCGGGUUGGACAACUACAACGUCGACUCCUUCUCCCGCAUCGUGGAGGAGCUGCGCAAGACGGAGGCCAGCGUGAUCGGGCUGCUGGAGAGUGACAGCAUGCAUCUCACGAACGGCAACCGCGACAUGGUCGAAUACGUUUCGUACCACCUCGGCUUCCGCUAUACGGACUACGGGCCCACCGCCCUCGACAACACAUACGGGUGCGCCCUCCUUACCCGCUACCCCAUCCUGGACGUGCGCCGCUACGUCAUUCCAUCCCCUCUCGGCGAGCUGUCAUGUGUCAUUCACGCAGUGCUGGAUGUGUACGGUCUGCCGAUGCAUACGUACGUCGGCCACUUCGGCAACACGGAGCACUGGGCGGACGGCUUACUGCAGUCCCAGUUUCUCGGGCGGCUCGUCCUGUCGAAUCCGGGGCCGUCCAUGUGGCUCGGCUACCUUGUCACCCAUCCCGGAAUGAAGGAGCGGUAUCAGGAGUACACGGACCCGAAGGCACCGGGCAAGUUUCGCGAUGCUGGGCUGGAGAUGUACCGGCAGCACCCGUGGAUGCGGCUGUGGGAUCGCGGCGGCGACGAGGAGGAGCUGCCGGUGUCCGCAAAGCAACCAGUCAAGAAGACAGACUUUGACAUCGAGGGGAAGUUUCAAUACGUAGGCUAUCUCGAGGAAGGCAUGCAGGUGGACAGCCACUUUCGCCGCCCGCCAGCGGGCAAGCCGCCACGGCAUUUCUACUACAACGACACCGGCCGUUACACGAACGCCCACCCGCGGUUCGAGUUCAUGGAUCGGUAUUGCCAGUACUGCCUCUACAAGACCGGCGCUACGGCAGACGAGGUGGUCGGUGAUGCAGGGAAGCUGCAACCUUACCAGGUGCGUCUGUUCGAUUGGUGGCGCAUCGUCGACCACGGGGUGGAGCUGCUGUCCGACACGGAAAUUCAGGUCAUCCAGCUUGCGUUCGAGAAGCGUACGUGA